AUGACUGCCUCGCGCGGACACACUUUGAUUGACUGCAUAUACUGCGACACUAUUCGUGAGAAGGGAGGUUACCAGAAUUUGCAUGGUUUUUGUAUUUUGCAGCAGCGAGUGUUGAUGUGGGGGGGCGCCAGGCAUGUCCAGAACUAUGAGAUUAUCUGA